GAUAAGUAUUUAUCUUGUGCUCACCUUCAUAGAUAUAUAGAUUUAGAGAAGCAUUAUGGCAAAGAAUGAGAUGAAAAUUACUGGACUUAUGAUUAUGUUCAUGAUUGUGUUGGGAUUUUCACAAGCUAAUUACAAUCCUUCAUUUGUGAAAAUUGGCUCAAAUCGUGUGUAUGAUGGAGUCUAUUGUCAGGAUAAAUGUAGUUCAGCAUGCGCAAAAUUUCUACUACUUCCAGGUGGUGUCCUUGCAUAUGUAAUAUGUCUUUAUGCAUGUACUGCAAAAUGUCAUGACAAUCCCAUCGAUGUUGCCCAUGAUUGUAUCACUGGUUGUGCCUUGAAAAACUCCGUUGAUGCCAACAUCGUAGAUGCUCGUGGUCUUGUGGUGAAGGAUUCUUUUGUACAAGAGUGUCGUAAGAAUUAAUAUUUUGUUAAAAAAUGUUCAAGAACAUGAUUGUUAAGAGAAAUAAUACCUAUGCCUAAUUGUAAUAAAUAAAUCUUAAUUAAUGAGUAAUAUAUAUAUAUUUUUUC